AACAAUUCCUUGCACCACUACACCGAGGAAAAUCAACACAGACGAAAGCUUCAUGGAUUCUGAAAAAGCAGGCAUCACCCAAACAGCAGUGCUAAAGAUGACAAUGGAGACAACAUUCGACUAUGACGAUAUGGAUAAUAUUACAUCUGACCACUGUCCCCAAAAAGAAAUGAUUGAUUUUGGCGACACCUUAACCAUCUUUUUUUUUUCUUUUGUGAUAAUAUUGAGUCUGUUUGGCAACAUCCUUGUUCUUGGGAUCCUGUUCAAGUAUGAGAAUGUCAAAGCCAUCACCAAUAUGUUGAUCCUGAACCUGGCUGUGUCGGAUCUCUUCUUCACCUUAGGGCUGCCCUUCUGGGCUUACUACCACAUGCAUGGAUGGACAUUAGGGGAGCCUGCAUGCCAGGUUGUUAACUUUCUCUUCUUUGUUGGCUUCUACAGCAGUGGUUUUUUCCUCAUCCUGAUGACUAUCCACCGCUAUAUAGCUGUCAUGAAUCCUCUCUCUAGCAUCGUAUCCACAACAGGUCUCUCUGGGAUUUUGACCUCUGUCAUAGUCUGGGUUGUCAGUAUCCUGGCAGCAAGUCCUGUCUUCAUGUUCGUCACAGUCAUAAAGGGCCAUGACUAUGAUAAUGCUGAGAACAACGAAGAUUCAAGUAGAAAACCCAAGGAUUUUUGUGGUUAUGGAGACUCUUUCUCAUCAAGAUUGGGAAUUUAUGAACAAAAUGUUCUAUUCAUCUCAACAGCCUUAGUUUUUGCCUUCUGCUACUCUCUGAUCGUUUGCAGGUUGUUGCGUCCUACUGCCCAAAGAAGAAGAAACAAAACCAUCAAACUCAUUUUGAUUCUCAUGAUUGUCUUCUUUUUGGGGUGGGGUCCUUAUAACAUUGUAAUUUGGCUAAAGUCAUUCACAUUAGGGCAUGGACAAACUGCUGACAAUCAAGAACAAAAAACAGAAAUUUGUAAAAAUCGCACAACUCUAGAAUAUGCCUUCUACAUCACCCGACUCCUUGCCUUUUCUCACUGCUGUCUCAACCCUGUGUUUUAUGUGUUUGCUGGAGUUAAAUACAAAACCCAUUUAAAAAAACUAUUGCAGAACUGGGGCCACCGUAACCAUAGCUUCCCACAGAGGGAGAGCAGAGCGACGAUCACGUCUUUAACAAGCAGCAACGAAUUCUCUAUGUAGUUGGUAAAAAUACUAACUUACACAUUCCUAAUUUGAAAGCAACUCAUAUCCAAUUAAGUCAUGCUUUGGACUGUAAUAUCCAAGUAGACAAAUAUUACCAGGCAAUCAGGAAACCAAGAUUAUUGACCAAAUUAAAUAUGUAUAUAUCUUCAGAUAGAAAAGUGAAAUAUACAUGUUUGUAUAUAUGAGCACAGCUCAGAAUCGUGUCACUGUAUUUACUUUGUUUUACUGUAGAUACAGUAGAUAAUUUCUCAUUUUAUUUUGCAUUUAUCAAUACAUUUUGCAGCUUUUAGUAUAAUUAAAUGCCCCAAGCUGAUUGUAAUAAAAAUAUAUAUAUUAUGUAAGCAUUUAAUGCAAGUAACUGUAUCUGUGUACACUUAGGUGAAUAAAUCUGCCCACUUCAUGUUAAAUGCUAUCACAGAAACCAGGAAGAAAGACUAGGAAGAAGCUGACGCUGAGAAUCUACACAGCAGCUAUUUCAUUUGGACAUAUACAUAUACUACUGGGUUACAAUUUCUUGCCUAAGUGUUAAAAUAAAAAGUAACUGUUUGCUCAUCUGUAUGUCCCUAUUAACCCACUCAUAUUGUAAUGUACAGAAGUGAUUACAAUCAUGAUUAUGCAAUAAACGAUAAUAAG